AUGCAAUCCGACGGCAUUGCGGUGCAGGGAGAGCUGGAGGCUCGCAGGGCCGACUGGGUCCUGGGUCUGGACCAGCUGGCCCAGUACGCGGACUCACUGGAGAAGGAGCUGAUCAAGAUGGCCAGCAACAUGCGGAGGUCCCGCACAGAGAUCCUGCACCUGUCGGUCAGGGUCCAGGAGCAAGAGAACCAGAAGAGACAGCUGGGGGAGGAGCUGGAGACCCUCAGGACCCCCCAGGACAGCAGAGAGGCCCCCUGCCAGGUAGAGACCCCCCAGGACAGCAGAGAGGCCCCCUGCCAGGCCAGGACGGAGCUGGAAUGGGACGCAGAGUUUGACCCCCGGGACCUCCUGAAGAAGGAGCUGGAUGAGAAGCAGGAAGUGGUUGCCGUGGAAACCCUCACCGCCGCGACCAGCCAGCCCAUAGAGGAGGUGGAAGAGGAAGUGGAGGAGGAAGCUGGGGAAGAGAGGUGGACGGUGGUCGAGGACCUGGGAGGAGGUGACGAGCCCAGAGACGCCUCCACCCCUCUGCCGGGCCCCUCAGAGGAGCCUUCACCCGGGCUGGAGACCCUUGUGUCCUCGGUCGUCGUGGAUCCAGAGUCGUCCCUCACUUCUCAACCUCUCCAGGAGGCGGGGCUGUGUGACACCCACACAGAGGGCGCCGGUGAGCAAGCAGGACAGGAAUCUAGUAGCUCUCAUUCUGAAGCCCUCCACCCUCACAACAACAGCCCAGAAUGUACCAUUCCUCUCGCUGGCUCAAACCAUGAUCACCAGCACGACCUGCCUGAAAUGGAUCAGGCCGUAGCACCUGGGAACACCCCUCCUGGGACAGGAGAGAUGGUACCUCCCAUAUACACUCAAUCUUCAUCACCGGGGCAAGAAACCAUUGUUGAAAAUGGCGGCCCCCAGCCCAGUGGGGAUCCCCGCAGAGGAGGAGAAGGGGACGAAGCAUCAAGCGACAUGAGUCUUGCCAAGAGCCCUACACGGGUUGGAGAGCGAGGCGAACUUGAGGACAGCUCCAGCCCCCUUCCUGUGGUGAUGGAGGAAGAAGAGGGUGCGUCGCAAACCGUUUCGGUCCCGAUGGCAGGGUCGGACUCUUCUCCCAAUGCUGUCCCCGGUCGGGAGGACCGCCUCUCUGAGUCCAGCCAUUCAACGGACCAGCUUCAGCGCUCGGGCAAGGCCACUGAGGACCUGAGUGAGGCCAGUGAGAAGGACGAGACGUCUGUGAUCUCCGACGGCAGUGAGGUGGUUAAGGAGGAGCGACAGAGCCAUUCUCAGACGGACAAGGAAAUCGAGGUGGAGUUCCAGCGGCUGUCGCUGGGCUUCAAGUGCGACCUGUUCACGUUGGAGAAACGCCUGAGGCUAGAGGAGAGAUCCCGGGACCUGGCGGAGGAGAACGUCCGCAAGGAGAUCUCCAGCUGCCAGGGUCUACUGCAGGCUCUGAUCCCGCUGUGCGACGACGACAGCCAGUCCAUAGAGAUCGUCCACCGGCUGCAGAAGAACCUGGAGAUCCUGAUCCAGUCCAUGACCCGCGUCUCCAGCCGCUCAGAGAUGCUGGGGGCCAUCCACCAGGAGCACCGCGUGGGCCGGGCGGUGGAGGUGAUGUUCCAGCACGUGGAGAACCUGAAGAGGAUGUACACCAAGGAGCACACGGAGCUGGUGGAGCUGCGGCAGACGCUCAUGCAGAACGAGCGCUCCUUCGGCUCGCAGACCGACAAAGCGGACUUCCGAGGAAAAUCACCGUCUUCGCAGUACUACAAGCCUUCUGCUCGGCGGGUCAGCAUCGCAGCUAUCCCCCGCUCCGGAGGGUCACCCGGCUUCGACUCGACCAAAACCCAGGACCUGUCAGAGAGUGAGGCGGAGCGGCUCACCAGGAGGUCUCCCUGGAACGUGCCGGGAAAGAGCGGCUUGCGGCCCCCGCUCAAACGGUUCAUUAGCUCCGGGGCCUGGGGGGACCCGGACGAACCGGGCCUGGCCCCGCUGAACGGGGCCAGCUGCUCAGAUUUUCAAUGGAAGGAGCCGCCUGACCCCCCAGAGGCCGAGAAGAGGAGGUCCAGCCUCACUGAACUGGGCCACAAGCUGACCUCCUUCAUUAUGCCCACCAAGACUCCCAGCUCGUCUCCUGGUCCCUCUGCGUCGGACGCCCUGGUGUCUCAGUCGCUGUCCCACUCCGUACUUUCCCACCCCAAGGGGGCGGGGGGCCCCUCAGGGGGGGUCCGAGGUGGGCGGGGCCUCUGGCUGUGGCUGGCCAUGGUGGUGGUGCUGGCAGGUCUCCUGGCGUUGCUGGCCUGCCUGGUGAUGCAGCCGGCGGUGGAUGCGGCGCCCGUGGGCACCGGCGACUCCUGGAUGACCAUCCAGCAGCUGCUGUGGCCCUACACCGGGCUCCGCCACAACGGACAGCCCCCCGUCUAGCCCCGGCCCAGGGGACUGGGGGCCCCUGGCUCAUCGACAUGACUGUCCUCAUGCCUGUGGGGGGUGUGGGGGGGGUCCAUCAUACAGACUGGCUGAUGCACAGCUGGGGCAUCCCUGGGGUAUUUACACAUCACGUUUGACCAGAGUAGAUUCACUUAGCGUGUGCGUUGGCGUGUUUGUGUUUGAAUGAAUAAUACGACAAGAUGAACACUUGAAGGAACGUUCACUGUUUUAUUCAUUCAUCCUGUGAGCUGGACGACUCGUUUUGUCUCCGACACGAUUUCAGAAGAUGUGAUCGGUGCAGAUCAAUAACACUUCAGAGGACGUUGGAGAACUCCCCCCUGUUCAAUAAGCACAAGGAAGGUCUGAAACACGGAAGGGGAUGGAAGAAUCGACCUUCUCCUUUUUACCAAGAUAUUAUUUCUCAAUGGGACCAGGAGCAAUCCUUUCAGAGUAAUAUAACACCGCUAAUAAUAACGUUUUAUUUGUGUUUUUUGAAAUAUAAUUACAAUCUAUUUAUAAAAAUGUUUGUUUCCAUGAACGGAUUGUUUUUGAUCAUGAGUGAGUGAAGCACCAAACAGAUUUUUGUUUUAAGUUGUUGCCGUGCUGUGCACCGUUUUAAAAGUCUUACGCUUUUUGUAUAUUCCAAAGAGGUUGUUUGAAACUUUUCACAAAUAAAGUCGCCAAUUGUAGAAAAAUCUGUGUGAGGUGC